GUCGAGGCCCCAAAUUGUGUCGUGCUCAACAGCCUGGGUCUCUUCUUGUCCAUUCACCAUCGUCAUAAUCCCAGUUGUUGGGGUUUUGGUUGCCCGCGGCCUACCGGCUUCCAGCGACACCACCACCUCCUCUCUCUCUCUGCGACCUCGCUGACACAUUCUGCGACUACCAUCUCUAACUCCUUGUACGACCCCAAUUUCAUCGUCGCCUGAGUGCCAGCGACGUCUUUUCUUAACUUUCAUAUUUCUCUCGUCUGCCUUGCUCGCAAUGGCGUCGUCGAAUAACACUGGACCCGGUACGUCGAGUUUCUUUGUCUCUUCAUCCGUCUCUCCAAGCGCAGAGCCAACAGAGUCUUCUGCAGCCUCAUCUCCUACUCCCACUCUCACUCCCACUUCAACGCCGCCUCCGUCUUCGACGCCGCCCCUAACUGAGUCUUCUUCAGCUUCCCCUACCGCGCCGAGCUCGACGCCUGUGACACUACCUUCCUCGACGCCACCGCCGCAGUCCUCCACUCCUCCUCCAGCAUCCUCAUCGGCUCCUGCAUCCUCCAACCCGCCAGCAACGUCCGUUGUCACCGCCUCGUCUAGGCCGCCGUCGACACAGGUCAUUACCUCGUUCAUAACACCAUCAGCGUCAAUUCCAGGCGAAACACCAUCAGUUAUCGUCGUCACUUCCGUUAUUACGAACUCAGACACACCACAACUCACGACUGGGAGCCCGGCAGGAUCCGCUGCACCGUCUUCAUCAUCAAGUCCGCCUUCGCUACAGGGACUGGACGGUAAACAGAAAAGUGGAGGAUUGAACGCUGGUGGGAAAACAGCCAUCGCUGUGGUGAUUCCAGUUGUUGUGGUCGCUGCAUUGGUUCUUGCGGGAAUAUUCUUGUGGAGAAAACGCAAGCAACGGAAGAGCGCUGAAGAAGCGAGGCGGAAGGAGGUGGAAGAGUAUGGAUUCAAUCCCAACAAUGAUCCGACGCUGCCCGCUGUCGGUAUGGCAACGGAGAUGGCCGAGGACCAGAGCGGAUAUAGAGGGUGGGGAAACACCACCACGAGUUCGAACCGUAAAGCCUCGACGACCCUCAACAGUGGCAUGACGUAUUCGGAUGGCGGCAGCAACCCUGGAGGCCCAGGAUCACCAACACAGGGAACUUACUCUGAUGGCCAUUCCGUCGACCCCUUGCUCAACGGUCGACGCGAGACGCUGGAUUCGGAAGGUAUCAGUGCUCUCGGUGCCGGCCCCAACGCCAACCAAAACCGCUCAGACAUCCACCGAGGACCCUCGAAUGCAUCGUCGUCCUACUCUGCAGCUAACCGAUCUGACACUUCUGGUGAUUACCCGAUACCUGUUAACAACCCCCAGGAAUACUACGACAGCAACGGAUACUAUCAGCCAGGUCCGUACGGCGACAACGGAUACAGCGGUGGCCAGCAACCGGUCAUACGCGACGUAUCUGCGAGGCGAAACACAAGGAUCGAAAACCCAUCCGUCUUCCCGCAACAAGGGAAUUCAGGCAUUGCGCAGAAUUUUUAAGUCUAUAUAUAUUUAAAAGCCCUCUUUGUA